CUUCGACCCCUCAGUGCACCCGUAGCCUGCUAGCUAUCCCUUUCUUUAAACUCUAUAAAGAGCGGAAAUCUUGAUUAUCGAUUUGCUAGAUUAGAUUUCGAUCGGAAAUGGUGCACUUAUUAAAGUACACGGGUAACUAGAGCGUCGGCUUUUGUCUCUAAGCUCGUCCUGCUACGCUACGGUGUUGCGCCGAACUACACGCUUUGGUUGGAUGGACCAGGGCGGCCUGUGGUCAUUGUGAUGGUGGACUGAUGUCGGGACGAUCUCCGGGUUAAAUGACGGAAAAAGAAGGAGAAAUUAUUCCCUGCCUGAUACUGAAAAGAGAACGUCAUGGCUUUUUCCUGGCUGACUUGUUCACUAAUCCUGGGAACUUUGUGUGCAGGCUGGGGCCAUGGCGAUGUGGAGACCAGAGAGUGUGUGUACUACAAUGAUAACUGGCGUACAGAGCGUACCAACCAGAGUGGUGUGGAGAGGUGUGAGGGGGAGAAGGACAAGAGACUACAUUGCUACUCCUCCUGGCUCAACAUCUCAGGAACCAUCAAACUGGUGAAGAAAGGCUGCUGGCUGGAUGACUUCAACUGCUAUGACAGGUACUAGACACUACUUACAACUGCUAUGACAGGUACUAGAUACUAC